UUUCACCUCUGACUGGCCCUGCCCCCAUCUAUUCUCUGCCUCCCGAGUCCCAGCUGAUUGGGAGGGAAUGGAGAUUUUACAGUAUCCUUCCUCUGCCACACCCACCAAGCCACAUCCACAGAACUAGUAGUAAAAUUUUUUGAAACCCACCACUGCCUGUGGCUCCCAGGCUCUUUUCCAAAGCUCCUUAUGUUCCAAUUCCAGUAGCCUAUUCCUAAUCUAUUUAGCAGUCUGCAGAACAGCAUGAUAGAAAUGGGACAUUUUUUGACACCUUGACUCAAUCUGAGCCAUCAUCCAAGGCCUCCAGAUCAUUUCCAAGGGCAUGCCAUCUCUUUUCAAGCUCUAGAUCUUCUAUGAAGCCGGUGUUCUCUUUUUUCCCCCACAGUGAGAGCUUUUUGGGAAGGGCCUCCAGCUGUUUUGGUGCCAAGGUUGCUCCAUUUUCAUCGAGCUAUUAAAAGUUCAGGAAUCUCAUAAAUCCUAGAUAGAUUCACAAGGCUCCUUAUCAAAGGAGAGAGUUUGUCAGAGUUUAUUGCAGCACACACAAGCAUACUAUUAAGCAGGAUUCAAAACUUCUUUAUAUAUAUACAUACAUAAUAACACAUAAGACAUACGAUACCCUUGUAGGUUUUUCCAUAUUGUAGAGAAGAGAAAUAGCAAGUACAAACACAGCACAAAAUGGAAGCACAAAAUGGAGAAGGCAAAAUGGAGACAAGAGAAGCUAGUGCCCUCAAGCUUAUAUACAGAACAGUUAAGCCACGCCCAGGCUCCAAACUGUCUCUUAUGGCCCCAUAAAACAAAUACUAUGUGUCAGUUACCAAACAGCCCUCAUUGGCUGACCUGUUACGAUGCCCUAUUCCAGUUCAUGAAUAUACUGACAAGAGUUUUAUUAAGAUGAUAAUUCAGAGCUCAAAAGCAAAUUGCUCUUACUUUUGCCUGCCAGCUUUCAACAAGAUGCUAAGUCUGAUUAUUGAUACCGUGGGUAAUGUUCAGUUAAAUAAAACCUGUUUUGUCUUAAAAGAAUUAGCUUGUUUGGAACAAUCUGCAAAGGUAACAGGUGGGUUCCCCAUCCUACCUUGUCACAUUUUAGCCCAGGCUGGCGUGUUAUGUGUGUCCAUAGUAGCGCCGUCAAUACUCACUUUUUCCUGAUUUCUUACCUAGCGUUGAACACAGACCUGGGUGUCCUGGCUAUCAUGAACUCCCUGCCUCAGAAGGACUCUGAAGGCCUUGACAAUCCUUCAGAAGACACCAUCUCUCCAGAGAUGCUGCAGGAGAUGCUGUGGCUUUUCCGAAGAGAAGACCCAUCCGCAUGGAAUUACUCUAUCCUGGGCCUUUCAAUUCUCGUUCUGCUGAUUGGUGUUGUGCUCCUGGGAGCAAAUAUUAGGGCCAACAGAAACCAAAAGGUCCUUCUCCUACGCAAAGAAGGCUACGAAGUCACCCUGCUGGAUGAGGCAGAAGCGAAGCAAGCGUUUGUGUUGCUAAACAAAGAGAAUCCAGAUCAAGCAGGAGACAAUUUGCUUCCCCAAACACCAACCAUGGGAGAUGUGAUGGUACGCUGGAAGGAUGGGAAAACAUCACCCCUCUAUGCUGAUGCCAACGAAGCAGAAGCUUAGCACCUAAUAUCCAUAUUUUGGCUUUUUUGAAACCUGGGACGAUCUCUGGACUAUUGACAUUUUUGGACUGUGGGUCUCAAAGCCAAAUUCAUUAAGUAGAAUCAAAAAGCCAGCAAAAAGCAAACACAUACCGACUGCCUUGGAGUUGUACAAGAUCAAUAAUCCACCAAACAAUUUAUCUACCAAUUCAUCUUCCAAUUCAUCUACCAAUUCAUCUGUGAUACGUUGAACUAGGUUGGCCUAGUAGGUUCCUUCACACAACAAGCUAAGCCUGGUCAAUUGAUUCCUGGUAGUAUUAACCGUGAUGGGUUUUGUUUUGUGUCCUAGUGUAGUGUCACUGGAGCAUUCACAGGGUCAAACAAAGCUGUGACAGGCUCCCCAAAGCAGCCAGAACUCCAGUCGCACAGUUGGGGUUCCCAUCUUGACUUGACCAUCUGCGGGGAGACCCCCGAUGCCAACCUACCUCAAUGAGUUGUGUAGUGGGUGGUGAACCCAGAAAAAGGGCUAAUUCAAGAACCAAUUAAGGAUAUUGUGUGAAGGUUGUUGCCUUGCUAUGUUGCGCUGACCUAUCAAAAACAAAAUAUCUCAGAUUAUCUGGAAAGAUGUUCAAGGUCUCCUGAUUUUGAUUUUUCCCUGAUCAUUUGUGAUUGCAUGUUUAAAAAAGGGUGGGAUUUGAUCAUUUGAUCAUCUGGAUCAGGGGUGAAAUGUAAAAUUUGUUACUACCGGUUCUGUGGGUGUGGCUUGGUGGCGGUGGGGGUUAAUGUGACUGGGUGGGCAUGGCCAACUUUUUUUUUGACUUUUAAAAGCAUUUUUUCUACAACCUCUUUGGCCAAAAGAAAAAACGCUUUUAAAAGACUCUGAUGAUCCCAGCUGAGUUGCCUGAUCGUCAGAGGCUUUUCUUUUCUUUUAAAAGCAUUUUUUG